UCGGCGGCGGCGGCGGGUUGCGAGUAUACGUUGCCGAGCAGAGAAGUGCGUGUGUGCUGCGGGCUGACACCAUUGCCACAAGUUUGUGCCGCGCAUCCCGGGGCCUCCGCUCUCAGCGCACACACUAUGUAAAACUACACAGAAAGCACAGUGUAAACAAGACAUUACAGAUGAGAGGUCUCCAGCAUGAGGCGCCCCGCUAGCUCUGGGGGGAUGUGGAGGUAGACGGGGGGAGUGCGCCCCACAAUAAGGCGGUGUGUUUACACGGCCGGGCUCACGCACCCGCAUCACUGACGCUUCUCUCCCGCUGCUCGCCGUGUGACUGCUGCCAGUGACGCUGCGUUUCCAUGAAAUCGUGCGGAGUGUCGCUCUCCGCCGCAGCUGUGCUCUCUGCUGCUGCCUCCCUCGGUGAUGAGGAAAAGAAAAUGGCGGCGGGAAAAGCGAGCGAGAGCGAGGAGGACUUCCCUAACCUGACGGCGGACGAGCGAGAAGCCCUGGCCGGGCUCGACAGCCGACUCUAUGGAUUUCUGAAGCUUCAUGAAGAUGGCGCCAGAACGAAGGCCUUGCUUUCUAAGGCUGUCCGUUGCUAUGAAGCUCUAAUCCUAAAAUCUGAGGGAAAAGUAGAGUCCGAUUUCUUCUGUCAGUUAGGCCAUUUCAACCUAUUGUUGGAAGACUAUCCAAAAGCAUUAUCUGCAUACCAGAGGUACUACAGUUUACAAUCAGACUACUGGAAGAAUGCUGCCUUUCUUUAUGGCCUUGGAUUGGUCUACUUCCAUUACAAUGCAUUUCACUGGGCAAUUAGAGCAUUUCAGGAAGUGCUUUACGUCGAUCCCGGCUUUUGUCGCGCCAAGGAAAUCCAUUUACGACUUGGACUUAUGUUCAAAGUGAAUACGGACUAUGAGUCAAGUUUAAAGCAUUUUCAGUUGGCUUUGAUUGACUGUAAUCCCUGCACUUUGUCCAAAGCUGAAAUUCAGUUUCACAUUGCUCACUUGUACGAAACACAGAGAAAGUACCACUCUGCAAAAGAAGCAUAUGAACAACUUCUGCAGACUGAAAACCUUCCUAUUCAAGUAAAAGCAACUGUUUUACAGCAGUUAGGAUGGAUGCAUCACACUGUUGAUCAGUUGGGAGAUAAAGCCACCAAGGCCAGCUAUGCCAUUCAGUAUCUGCAGAGAUCAUUAGAGGCAGAUCCCAACUCUGGUCAGUCCUGGUAUUUCCUUGGAAGGUGCUACUCCAGUAUUGGCAAGGUUCAGGAUGCCUUUAUAUCCUACAGGCAAUCUAUCGAUAAGUCUGAGGCGAGCGCGGACACAUGGUGUUCAAUAGGUGUGCUAUAUCAGCAGCAGAACCAGCCUAUGGAUGCACUGCAGGCCUAUAUUUGUGCAGUCCAGUUGGAUCAUGGCCAUGCUGCAGCUUGGAUGGACCUAGGCACAUUGUAUGAAUCAUGCAACCAGCCUCAGGAUGCCAUCAAAUGCUACCUAAAUGCCACACGGAGCAAAAACUGUAGUAAUACCUCUGCACUUGCAGCACGGAUUAAGUAUUUACAGGCUCAGUUGUGUAACCUUCCACAAGGUAGUCUACAGAGUAAAACUAAAUUGCUUCCUAGUAUUGAGGAGGCAUGGAGCCUACCAAUCCCCGCAGAGCUUACCUCCAGGCAGGGUGCCAUGAACUCAGCACAGCAGGCCUGUAAACCUCAUCAUCAGAAUGCUGAAUCUGUACUAGGCCUCAGUCAAACACCAAUUUCACAGCAGUCCUUGCCACUACAUAUGAUUCCUUCUAGCCAGGUAGAUGAACUGUCAAGUCCUGCCAAGAGGAAAAGAACUUCUAGUCCUGCAAAGAAUUCUUCUGAAACUUGGAGUGGUGGCCAUGUAGCGUCACAUACCCCAGCUCAACAACAGCAACUACAUUCCUGGUCUUUGCCCCCACAGAAGUUACAGCAAUUGGAACAGCUACGAGCAAACAGGAAUAACCUAAGUCCUGCACAAAAAGUGUUGUUGGAACAGUUGGAGGGUCAGUUUGUCUUAAUGCAGCAGCACCAGCAGCAGAUAAGACAAACAGGAGUUGCACAGGUACGACCUACUGGAAUUGCUAAUGGGCCAACAGCUGACUCAUCACUGCCUACAAACUCCGUCUCUGGUCAGCAGCAUCAAGUUGCACUAACCAGAACGCUUAACGUCACUCAGCCUGGAAUCCGUCCAGCUUGCCCUGUACAGCCUGUGGCUAAUGGACCCUUUCCGGCAGGACCAGUUUCCUGCAAUACCACAGGGACGAUGGGUAGUACAGACACUAUGUUAGGCAAUAAUCACGUAACGGGAAGUGGAAGUAAUGGAAAUGUGCCUUACCCACAGCGAAACGCACUCGCUCUACCUCAUAACCGCACAAACCUGACCAGCAGCGCAGAGGAGCCGUGGAAAAACCAACUGUCUAACUCCACUCAGGGGCUUCAUAAAGGUCAGAAUUCACAUUUGGCAGGUCCUAAUGGUGAACGACCUCUUUCUUCCACUGGGCCUUCCCAGCAACUCCAAGCAGCUGGCACUGGUAUUCAAAAUCAGGUUGGACAUCCUACCAUGCCUAGCAAUUCAGUAACACAGGGGGCUGCUCUCAAUCACCUCUUCUCUCACACUGCUACCUCAGGUGGACAACAAGGCAUUAUUUUAACCAAAGAGAGCAAGCCUUCAGGAAAUGGAUCGGUGCCUGAAACAAGCAGGCUUUCUGAAGGGACACCUAACAGCACUGCCGGUAUAGAGGGACUUCCUAAUCAUGUCCAUCAGGUGACGGCAGACACUGUUCCUAGCCCUAGCCAUGGAGAUUCUAAGUCACCAGGUUUACUUAGUUCAGACAAUCCUCAGCUCUCUGCCUUGUUGAUGGGAAAAGCCAAUAACAAUGUGGGUACUGGAACCUGUGACAAAGUCAACAAUAUACAUCCAGCUGUUCAUACAAAAACUGAGAAUUCUGUUGCCUCCUCCCCUUCUUCAGCCAUUUCCACAGCAACACCUUCUCCAAAAUCUACUGAACAGACUAUGACCAACAGUGUUAUCAGCCUUAACAGCCCCCACAGUGGACUUGAAACAGUCAAUGGAGAGGGAAAUGCGGACUCUCAGAGCCCCACAAAAAAGGACCCUCCUUUAAUUACCCACAAAAGUCCUAAGACCAUACCAUCCAUGUCGGUCUCCAUUUACCCCAGCUCGACAGAGGUUUUAAAAGCAUGUCGGAAUCUGGGUAAAAAUGGUUUAUCAAACAGUAGCAUUUUACUGGACAAGUGCCCACCUCCUCGGCCGCCUCCACCACCUUAUCCUCCUUUACCAACAGAUAAAUUAAAUCCUCCAACACCCAGCAUCUAUCUGGAGAAUAAGAGAGAUGCUUUCUUCCCACCUCUUCAUCAGUUCUGCACGAAUCCGAACAAUCCUGUUACUGUUAUCCGUGGCCUUGCUGGAGCACUUAAGUUAGACCUAGGUUUAUUUUCUACUAAAACAUUGGUAGAAGCAAAUACUGAACACAUAGUUGAAGUGCGGACGCAGUUGUUACAGCCUUCCGAUGAAAACUGGGAUCCAACUGGAACAAAGAAAAUCUGGCGUUGUGAGAGUAGUCGCUCACAUACUACCAUUGCAAAAUAUGCACAGUACCAGGCUGCUUCAUUCCAGGAAUCACUAAGGGAGGAAAAUGAGAAGAAAAGCCACCACAAGGACCACUCGGAUAGUGAAUCUACAUCUUCAGAUAACUGUGGUCGAAAAAGAAAAGGACCAUUUAAGACAAUUAAAUUUGGGACCAACAUUGACUUAUCGGAUGAAAAAAAGUGGAAAUUGCAGCUACAUGAAUUGACCAAACUUCCAGCAUUUGCACGUGUUGUGUCAGCAGGAAAUCUCCUAAGUCAUGUUGGUCACACCAUUCUUGGAAUGAAUACUGUUCAGUUGUACAUGAAGGUUCCAGGAAGCAGAACUCCAGGUCAUCAAGAAAACAAUAAUUUUUGUUCAGUGAAUAUAAAUAUUGGGCCUGGAGACUGCGAAUGGUUUGUUGUCCCUGAGUCAUACUGGUGUGUAAUGAAUGAUUUUUGUGAAAAAAAUAAUAUAAAUUUUCUCUUGGGAUCAUGGUGGCCGAACCUUGAAGACUUAUAUGAAGCAAAUGUUCCAGUAUACAGGUUUAUUCAAAGACCUGGAGACUUGGUUUGGAUAAACGCUGGCACAGUCCAUUGGGUUCAAGCAAUUGGCUGGUGUAACAACAUUGCAUGGAAUGUUGGGCCUCUAACAGCUUACCAGUAUAAACUUGCUGUUGAACGGUACGAAUGGAACAAGCUACAGUGUGUAAAAUCAAUAGUACCAAUGGUUCAUCUGUCCUGGAACAUGGCAAGGAACAUUAAAGUAUCAGAUCCAAAACUCUUUGAGAUGAUAAAAUAUUGCUUACUGAGGACAAUGAAGCAGUGCCAGGCACUAAGAGAAGCUCUUAUUGCUGCAGGAAAAGAAAUGAUGUGGCAUGGAAGAUCAAAAGAGGAGCCUGCUCAUUACUGCAGCCUCUGUGAGGUGGAAGUCUUCAGUCUGCUUUUUGUUACGAAUGAAAGUAAUUCUCGGAAGACGUACAUAGUUCAUUGCCAUGACUGUGCGCGAAAAACUAGUUCAGACCUGGAAAACUUUGUGGUGCUAGAACAGUACAAAAUGGAGGAGCUAAUGCAAAUUUAUGAUUUGUUUACAUUAGCUCCUCCAAUGCCUUCACCAUCUUCUUGAUGUUUUUUUAUGGACAGUAAAUAAGAACAUUUCUGAUAUUCAGGAAGCGACCCAGUUCUGUACCACUGUUUUUUUCCCUCCUACUUUGUUUGUGUCCCACCCCUCCCCCUUAAUCCCCUCCAUUAUUUUUGUUAGGUAGCUGUUCCAUAAGGCUGCUGGCUGAAAGCUGCGUCUAUGCAACCUUCCAAGUGCGGAGUGUCAACCAACUGGACAGGAGAAGUGCUCCUACUCCAGGACUUUACUAUAUAAAAUAAUAAAAAAAAAAAAAAAAAAAUGCUGAUCCAGCUGUUCAUAAAGAAAUUCAUGUUUUGUAUAUAUCUGACAAGACUGGCAACAUUAUACAGACUACUGACUUGAAAAUCACUUUAGUUCUCUUGCUUUUUAUUCUCUUCACCUUAUUUUGGGCUGAAAAUGUUUCAUUUCCAUCCCUCAUCCCUUCUCAGUUUUUUUUAUUUUUUUUAUUAAGUACUAACUUUAGCUGGUCGUCUUUGUAAGGUAGAUAGAUAUUUUAUGUCUUUUGAGCAUUAUUUUUUUUUUUUAUGUGAAAGGUGAAUUUUUAUUUUUUUGUUUUCCUUAACCCGCUUUAAGUUUCUCUUUUCUGUCUUGUUUUGGAAAAAACAAAAAAACAAAACCAUGACGGUUAAAAUUUAUGUUUCAUAAAAAGAAAAUAAGUAAAAAAAAUAUAAAAAAAAAAA